CGCCCGGGCUCGCCACGUGUCGCGCCGCUGCGCAGGCGGGGCGGGGCGGCCGGGCCGGCGGCGCGGGAAGAUGGCGGCCGGGAUCCGGGAGAAGCAGACAGUGGCUUUGAAACGUAUGCUGAACUUCAAUGUUCCUCCAGUUAAAAACAGCACAGGAGAACCAGUAUGGAAGGUUCUCAUUUAUGACAGAUUUGGCCAAGAUAUCAUCUCACCUUUGCUUUCAGUGAAAGAGCUGAGGGAUAUGGGGAUCACUUUGCAUCUUCUUUUGCAUUCAGAUCGGGAUGCUAUUCCAGAUGUUCCAGCUGUUUACUUUGUAAUGCCAACAGAAGAAAAUAUUGACAGAAUGUGCCAGGAUCUUCGAAACCAGCUUUAUGAGUCUUACUAUUUAAACUUCAUUUCUGCCAUUUCAAGAAGUAAAUUGGAAGAUAUUGCGAAUGCUGCUAUAGGUGCUAAUGCAGUUACUCAAGUGGCUAAGGUGUUUGAUCAAUAUCUUAAUUUUAUUACUUUAGAAGAUGAUAUGUUUGUAUUGUGUAACCAAAACAAAGAACUUGUUUCAUACCGUGCUAUUAACCGACCAGAUAUAACAGACACUGAAAUGGAAACAAUAAUGGACACUAUUGUUGAUAGUCUCUUCUGUUUUUUUGUUACACUUGGGGCUAUACCUAUAAUCAGAUGCUCAAGAGGAACUGCAGCUGAAAUGGUGGCAGUGAAACUGGAUAAGAAGCUCAGAGAGAAUCUAAGAGAUGCCAGAAACAGUCUCUUUACAGGUGACACACUUGGAGCUGGACAGUUCAGCUUCCAAAGGCCCUUAUUAGUCCUUGUUGACAGAAACAUAGAUUUAGCAACACCUCUACAUCAUACUUGGACAUACCAAGCUUUAGUGCAUGAUGUUCUGGAUUUCCAUUUGAAUAGGGUUAACUUGGAAGAAUCAGCAGGAACAGAAAGUACUCCAGCAGGCGCUAGACCUAAGAAAAAAAACAAGAAGUCCUAUGAUUUAACUAUAUCUGAUAAAUUCUGGCAAAAGCAUAAGGGCAGUCCUUUUCCAGAGGUGGCAGAGUCUGUUCAGCAAGAACUGGAAUCUUACAGAGCCCAAGAAGAUGAAGUCAAAAGACUUAAAAGUAUCAUGGGCAUUGAAGGGGAGGAUGAAGGAGCAAUAAGUAUGCUUUCAGAUAAUACAGCUAAGCUAACUUCAGCUGUCAGCUCUCUUCCAGAACUUCUGGAAAAGAAGAGACUCAUUGAUCUUCAUACGAAUGUUGCAACAGCCGUUUUGGAGCACAUAAAGAGUCGAAAGCUGGAUGUUUAUUUUGAAUAUGAAGAAAAAAUAAUGAGCAAAUCCACUUUGGAUAAAUCUCUUCUGGACAUGAUUUCUGACCCAGAUGCAGGAACUCCUGAAGACAAAAUGCGAUUAUUUCUCAUCUAUUACAUAAGCUCAGCUCAGGCACCUUCAGAGAUUGACUUGGAGCAGUACAAAAAAGCAUUGAUGGAUGCAGGUUGUAAUCUCGCUCCUUUGAGCUACAUAAAACAAUGGAAAGCUUUUACUAAGAUGGCUUCAGCUCCAACCAGCUAUGGAAACACUACACCUAAACCUUUGGGUCUGUUUUCACGUGUUAUGAAUACAGGAUCACAGUUUGUAAUGGAAGGAGUGAAGAACUUGGUACUGAAGCAACAAAAUUUGCCAGUCACACGUAUUUUGGACAACCUUAUGGAGAUGAAGUCAAAUCCUGAGACAGAUGACUACCGGUAUUUUGACCCCAAGAUGCUGCGAGGCAGUGACAGCUCAGUUCCAAGAAAUAAAAAUCCAUUCCAGGAGGCCAUAGUGUUUGUAGUUGGAGGAGGCAACUAUAUUGAAUAUCAAAAUCUUAUUGACUAUAUAAAGGGUAAACAAGGCAAACAUGUCCUGUAUGGCUGCAGUGAACUUUUUAAUGCUACACAGUUUAUAAAACAGCUGUCCCAACUUGGCCAGAAAUAAGACUGAAACACCAUUACCUGGAUGGAAACGUGACAACAGACAAUUGUUACAACAUUCAGCUAUCUUCAUAUCUUUAAUUUUUCAUUAUAUUAAAACUUAAACCCAUUUCAUUAAUACAAUAACUUUUUAAAAAAUCUGUAAUUAAUACGGUGUAUAUCGGCAUUUCAGAAAUAAAACUUUAAACCU